GUAUUGAAAUAGAUCUUAAUAUCUAUACAUAUAUAUACCACAAGUUGUAUUAAUGGUUACAUAAAAUGACCAAUUCGCCCUUCACAGUAAGAAAAUGUUUAGUCUUUGUUUGUACAUUUUUGUGAUAUAUGUGUGUGUACAUAUAUAUCACACACACACACACACACAUAAAUGCUAUAUUCAACAAUCUGAGAUACUACUGUUGCCUGAAAGCAACACCUUACCCACACUACCAUUUUAGAGCCAACCAGCAAAAUCAACAUCAAGCUUCUUCUUACUCGUCUGCCCAAGUAUAAUUAAAAUUUUGGAUUACAUGUUGGCCCCAUUAAUGUCUUGUUCCACAAUAUAUAAAACUAGUCUCUUCUCUACUCAUCCCCACACUAUUACAUGAUAACUAUCAAUCCCCUACAAACUCUAUCUAAAACUUUCAAGAAAACAACAUUCAUCAUCACAUCGCCAUGGGAGACCCUCCAAGCUCACAGCCACCACCUUCACCAACUAGAUCCAACCUAUCUACGUUCUACUAUGGCAUAGUCGUGGUAGGAACUGCAGCUAUCCUUCUUGCACUCUACAACAUGCUCGUUGUAAAGUUCUGCAUAGAUUUGAGGGAUCAUAGUCUCCGGCAGAGGGCUAGAAGGGGCAGUCCAGGAGGCAUAUCGAGGCGGGAUUUCCAUACCUCAAUUUUUAGCUUCAAGUACAACAAGAAAGAGAAAGAAGCAAUUGAUGAAGAAGGUGACACUGAAUGUGCAAUCUGCUUAUCAGUUUUCGAAGAAGGUGAGGAGUUAAAGCAGCUGCCCAAGUGUAGGCACUGCUUUCAUGCUCCCUGUAUCGAUAUGUGGCUUUAUUCCCGCAUGGACUGCCCCCUCUGCCGUACCCCCGUGGUGGAACCACCCGCCCCCCACGGGGAACCUAGUGCCCAACGGCAUGAUGCCAUGUGGCAUUCAGAGGAAAGGCUGCUAGGUUUUCCUUACGUGGUUUAGAUGAUAAAAACCACAGCUGCGAAGGUGUAGAGCAGUAAUGUUUGUGUACAUAAAGUGCGGUAGAAAUUUUAUGCAGGCAUAAGAAAGUCAAAUGGUAAUAAUGAAGGUGUUAUAAAGUGGUGCACACAAAUUGGAUCUG